ACCGGCCCAAUUUCCUUUAUUCCAAAAUCGCGGCGGGUACGCAAUAAACCCAAACCCCAUUCUCUCCGUCUCUUUACGCAGUCUCGUGCACGAGGAACCUCACCUCCGAGGCCAGUAUCUCCGAUCGCUCAAUCUCCGGAUACCUAAACCCUAGCUUUUUCAUCUCACACCCGAGAGAGAAGAGGAUACCAGACCAAGUGUUGCCAUGGCGUAUCAACCUGGAGCUCCGAAUCAUAGCGGCGGAGAAAACGAUCAAGACCUCCACAAUCGGCGGCUCUAUAACCCUUACCAUGACCUCCAGAUCCCAAUCCAGACCGUAUACAAGCUCCCCACCACCCCGGAGUUCCUAUUCGAAGAGGAAUCGCGCGUGCAACGGCGAUCUUGGGGCGAAAACCUCACCUAUUAUACCGGUAUCGGCUAUCUCGCCGGCGCCUCCUUCGGGGGUGCUAAGGGGUUUUAUCAGGGCGCCAAAGCCUCUGAGCCCGGAGACAGCUUGAAGCUCCGGGUCAAUAGAAUCCUGAACGGGUCGGGUCUCAACGGCCGCAAAUUUGGUAACCGGGCGGGCGUCAUAGGGUUGCUUUAUGCUGGGAUGGAGAGUGGCAUGGUGGCGGUUAGAGACACGGAUGAUGUCAUCAACAGCGUGGUGGCGGGGCUAGGGACUGGCGCGCUUUACAGGGCGGCUGCGGGGUUGAGGUCGGCGGCUGUGGCCGGAGUUAUCGGCGGCGUGGUUGUUGGCUUGGGAGUCACCGCCAAACAGGCUAUGAAACGAUAUGUUCCCAUCUGAGCUUCUUUCUCUUCAUCAUCAUCUUGUAUUUCUGUAAUUUUGAUGAUAUGCAUAUGCUUGAGAAAUUGAUUCUCAUAUUAUUCAUUCUUGUAGGUGUGCCACAAAAAAGGUGCAAACUUAUCUACAUUUUUUUGGCUAAUAUAUUCAAAAUUAUUUGUAGUGAACAUUGUGAUCCUGAAUAAAUUUAAACCAAACAG